ACCAUCCCUAUUUCUGCUUCACACUUUUUCCACGCGAAAAGCCCGGCAUUUUUACCAUAUUUCCUUGUUUUCACUCUUAAAUCGUUUAAUAAUAAUAAAACAAACACAAUGUCUGCUGGUAUGCCAAUCAACCCCAAACCAUUUCUUAAUGGUCUCACUGGAAAACCCGUGCUGGUGAAACUCAAAUGGGGACAGGAAUACAAAGGCUUCUUGGUCUCCGUGGACGGCUACAUGAAUAUGCAAUUGGCCAACACAGAGGAAGUCAUCGAGGGUUCUGUCACCGGCAAUCUGGGAGAGGUGCUGAUACGCUGCAACAAUGUACUCUACAUAAAGGGCAUGGAGGAUGACGACGAGGAGGGUGAAAUGCGCGACUAAGAACGCGGAUAAAGGAAUGCUACUUGGAAACUCUACUUAUAUUAAGUGUAUAAAACUAAUGAAAUAAAUAAGUAUUUAUUUUGUAGUCGA